CACGGAGGAGUUCCGGCGAACGGGGCCUCCACGCUUCCGGUAUUCUGAGCUUCCAGAGUUGAGAGUUGCUAGUUUGCGCUGGAGUCGCCGUGCUGUCGCCGGGAUCAUGGUGUUCUACUUCACCAGCAGCAGCGUUAACUCAUCUGCUUACACUAUUUACAUGGGAAAGGAUAAAUAUGAAAAUGAAGAUCUGAUCAAGUAUGGCUGGCCUGAAGAUAUUUGGUUUCAUGUGGACAAACUCUCCUCGGCUCAUGUAUACCUUCGAUUACAUAAGGGGGAGAAAAUAGAAGACAUCCCAAAGGAAGUACUGAUGGACUGUGCCCACCUUGUGAAGGCCAAUAGCAUUCAAGGCUGCAAGAUGAACAACGUCAAUGUGGUUUAUACCCCGUGGUCUAACCUGAAGAAAACAGCUGACAUGGAUGUGGGCCAGAUAGGCUUUCACAGGCAAAAGGACGUGAAAAUUGUGACAGUAGAGAAGAAAGUGAAUGAGAUUCUGAACCGGUUAGAAAAGACCAAAAUGGAGCGGUUCCCAGACCUAGAAGCAGAGAAAGAAUGCAGAGACCGCGAAGAGAGGAAUGAGAAGAAAGCCCAGAUUCAGGAAAUGAAAAGGAGAGAAAAAGAAGAGAUGAAGAAGAAGAGGGAGAUGGAUGAACUUAGGAGCUAUUCAUCGCUAAUGAAAGUUGAGAAUAUGUCUUCAAAUCAGGACGGCAAUGAUUCGGAUGAAUUCAUGUGAAUGAGGAAAAGGACCUUUUAAAGAUGUGAAUUUAGGGACAGUUUUGAUUUCAUCUAUAUUCCCAGUCAUAAAAAAAAAACAAAAAACCAACCACCAACCAAAAUUCUUCCUUCAUAAUAUUCUGCAAAUAUUACCAACUUUGGAGUUAAAAAAAAAAAAUUGUUCCCAUACUGCUGUCAGAAAAGGAUCAGAUAAAUAUAUAUGUAUAUACAAUAUAGUUGGACUUGAAGACAGCAUAUAACUUUAGGAAAGUGAAAAUAUUUUUGCCGGAACAUGUCUUGGUACCUCUUGAGAGCUGGCUGCCCUUGUUCUUGGAAUAGACUUUAGAACAACUAUGAAAAGUAUUUCUGUUACUGUGGUCUGUCUCUGAAAACAGAUGUCUUGAAAAGCUUCUCAAAUUCUCAAAAUAGCUACUUCUGUUAAGAAGAAUGUAUUGGUGAGCAGUGUAAGCAAACAGUCCCCUCACCCCUGAUUUCCGGAUUAGAGAAAAAUGCAUAUGGCAGAGUUCCCUGGUGGCACAGUGGUUAAGGAUCUGGCAUUGUCAUUGCUGUGGCCUGGGUCACUGCUGUGGCAUGGGUUUGAUCCCUGGCCCGACAAUUUCUGCAUGCAUGGCAUGGCCAAAAAAAAAAAAAAGCACAUGGGUUUUGAAGGUGACAGUGAUAUUUUCAGAAGAUUGCUGGCUUCGGUAAUCAUGUCCCAUGGUGCCAUCUGCACUCUUCCUUUUUCCAUUGAGGGCCUCCACCCAGGUACCAUCAGACGCAAAGAAACAGAGGUAAUCAAGGUUGGGCUUUAGGGCAGUUUUUACGCGAGCACCAAGUAACCCCAGCAACCAGCUUCCAGGCUCUGAGUCACUUCUCAUCCUUCCGUGAAUCAUUUUGAUGACGUAGGUUACCUGAUUUUUGUCCUGGAAAUCAGCAUAAAGCACAAGUCUAUGUUGCAAUUAUGAUUUUAGAAAGAAUUAAGCAUUUCGCACACCAGCCAAGUAGUUAGUUUACCUUGAAGUAAUAUUUAUUUUGAGUUGUAACCCCAGAGUUCAGAUUUCUCAACUUAGUAACUUAAGAUGUUACAGUCCUACUCAUCUGAACCACCUGCUCUCCUGGGCGAUUCUGAAUAGAAGAUGCAUUUUUAUUACAGUCUGUAAAGCAACCCCUGUGGAAAGAGACAGAACAAAUCAUGAAAGGGAAAGGCACAAAGUCUGCACGUCAGGAAGCACACAGACUGACCUCGUAACCACACCCAGAGCUCUUCACACAGCAUUCUUAUUCUUAACCGUAUUCUAACCCAGCACAAAGUAGCUGCUCCUGCAGAUAGUCGGCCUGCAAUAACACUUUGGAAUGAUGGUAAAACCACAAGACUUCAGUGUUUCUAUUUAUCAUCCCAAGUUGGUGUAUGGGGUUGAACUGGAAAACUUCCUGACAUAUAACUUGGCCAAAUUUUGAGGGGAGGGGGUAUGGGAGGCGGCUCCAGAAAUUAGUGAGUGUGUAUGUGUGUGUGUGUGUGAUUGACAUUCAGCCUGGAGUUCUGCUAUUUGAAAAUGUAAUAAUAAAGAGUCAUUUUUUAUUUGGGAGGACCUUGA